AUAUUGCGAUUUACGAAUCAAACACCAAUCACUGUUUAUCUUCAGAAAAGGACAAAGACAUUUGUCUUGGCUUGGCGAAAAGUGGUUCGCGAUAUUAUCGUAAAUCCCAUCUGUCCUCGAGUUCACGCCGGAUGUGUUAAUGACAGCGAUUAUUUGCGAAUGAAGAAAUGCUUAAUUAUGAAAUAUGCGGAAUGUUUGAUCUCAGAUGUUCGAUAA